AGCAUGGAGGAGAAUGAUCCCAAGCCCAGCGAAGCGGCGGCGGCGGAGGGGCAGCGGCAGCCGGAAUCCAGCCCUAGCGGCGGCUCAGGCGGCGGCGGCAGCAGCCCCAGCGACUCCGACACCGGCCGCCGGCGGGCUCUGAUGUUGCCCGCGGUCUUGCAGGCGCCAGGCAAUCACCAGCACCCGCACCGCAUCACCAACUUCUUCAUCGACAAUAUCCUACGACCGGAGUUCGGCCGGCGAAAGGAUUCGGGGACCUGCUGCGUGGGCGUGGGUGUAGGAAGAGUCGGCGGAUCCGCCGCCGAAGGUGGCGCGAGCGGCGCAGAGGGAGUCGGCGGCGCAGGCGGCGCGGAGCAGCUCCUGGGGUCCGGCACCAGGGAGUCCCGGCAAAACCCUCCGUGCGCGCCAGGCGCCGGAGGGCCGCUACCCACCGGUGGCGGCGACUCCCCGGGAGACGGAGAAGGCGGCUCCAAGACGCUCACACUGCACGGCGGCGCCAAGAAAGGCGGCGACCCUGCGGGCCCCCUGGACGGGGCGCUAAAGUCCCGAGGCUUGGGUGGCGGCGACCUGUCGGUGAGCUCGGACUCGGACAGCUCGCAGGCCAGCGCCAACCUUGGCGCGCAGCCCAUGCUCUGGCCGGCCUGGGUCUACUGCACGCGCUACUCCGACCGGCCUUCUUCAGGUCCCAGGUCUCGCAAACCAAAGAAGAAGAACCCCAACAAAGAGGACAAGCGGCCGCGAACAGCCUUCACGGCGGAGCAGCUGCAGAGGCUCAAGGCGGAGUUUCAGACCAACAGGUACCUGACGGAGCAGCGGCGCCAGAGUCUGGCGCAGGAGCUCAGCCUCAACGAGUCCCAGAUCAAAAUCUGGUUCCAGAACAAGCGCGCCAAGAUCAAGAAGGCCACAGGCAACAAGAACACGCUGGCCGUGCACCUCAUGGCCCAGGGCCUGUACAACCACUCCACCACGGCCAAGGAGGGCAAGUCGGACAGCGAGUAGGCGGCGGGCGGGCGGCGGCUCUCAGCCGAGAACACAAUGCAAUAAUUCAAAAUCGUACAUGAAGGGCCAGUGUAUAAAGAUUAUACCAGCAUUCACAGUGAAAAUAUCGUGUAUUAGGUAUGGUUCUGCAAUAUUCUCUGUAUAUAUGAUUUACAGGUGGUGUAAAAUCCAAAAUAUCUGACUAUGAAAUAUUUUUUGAGUUUUUUUGUGUUUACGAGAUUAUGCUAAUCUUAUGAUUUUUUUUUUUUUUUUUUUUUUUUUUUUUUUUGCAAAGGGGGCUGCUUAGGGCUUCAUCUUUUUUAAUCCCCUAAGCUCCAUUAUGGGACAUCGGACACUUUUAUUAUUAUUAUUAUUUCAAAAGAAGAAAAAAUUAAAACAACUUGCUAAAGUCCAAAGAUUUUUAUUGCUGCAUUUCACACGACUGUGAACCGAAUAAAUAGCUCCUAUUUGGUCUAUGAGUUCUGCCACUUUGUUUGUGUUGGCGUGAUGAGGACAGCAAGAGGCCCCGAACUCGGAGCCUGGGCCAGCACCCCAAGGCCCUCUCUCUCCUGGCUGGGAGAGGAGCCGCCCAGUGUCUUUGGACAGUUCCAGGUCUCAGCCUAGAGAAUCUGCCACUCCGCGAUGUAGGGCCUGCCCCCAGCCCAGGCCGGCAACCUGCGGGUGCCUCUCCUGCCCUGCCUCCUGAGGUCUCUCUCCCCUGCCUCCUCUGAGGCCUGGCCCCAGCCCUCACCCUGGUGUAUGCUUGUACUUCUGUCUGCGUCUGUGUCGCUGUCCCAUCCCCUGUCCCACCGCAACCCCGCGGCAAGUCUCCAGCGCCAGCUCUCCAGCCCAGGCCCGGCCUGAGGCUUCCUGCUGCAGUGACAAACAGCCCUGGCCCAAACUAGACCAAGGUCUGUGCGGAUGGGCGGGCCCAGGGAGUUGGCGUGGUCUUCCUUCCCUUUUUCUUUCCUCCUUUUUCUUUUCAUUUUUUUCUUUUGAGUGCCCACUUUUGCUAUAGUGAACGUUUUUCCAAGAUCGAUGUAUGUGUGUGUACACACUUGUGUGUGCAUGUGUAUGUGCACACACCAGGCACGUAUGGGGCCUCAGUUUUGGAACCUGUGGCUAUGCUCACUUUCAAAGGAACUAAGAACAUUCCAGGAUCUGGAGGAAGGAAGAAAGUCUGUAAAUAAUCAUUCCUUAUCACUUUUUUGUCUUUUCUUGUUUUUUUCUUUUAAAGAAAAUAUACAUUUUAUUUUUUGAAGGUGUGGUACAGUGUAAAUUAAAUAUAUUCAAUAUAUUCCCCACCAGUUACAUAUAUAUAUAAACAAACACAUUAUCUCUUUAUAUAAGUCCACACUGUCUUCUGUUUGUUUGGGGAAAAGGUGUCCAAAUGUCCAUCGGGCCAGGAGGGACAGCCCAGGGGGUGUGCCCAUGGCCAAGCUGGGGUCAGGCUGCCUCCCUGAGGACUGGGGGUGGACUUCUCUCUUUGCCUUAAGCCUCUUUAUUUCACUGCAACAAUAGUUUCAUUUUGUACAUAAUAGUGUAAACCUUUUUGAAAAGGAAACUAUAAAAACAAGAGUUGUAAUUUAAAAUUCUGUGAAUAACCAUCUGCUGCUUAGGAAACUCAAUGAAAUGAUAUGCCUUUUUAGCAGGAAGCAAAUCUUUUUUUUUUUUAGUUUAUAAAAUGUGCAUUUUACAGUUUCAGUAUCAAAUAUUUAUAAUCUUAUGAGAAAUGAAUGUUUCUAUUUACAACUGUGGUUAUCAAAAUUGUGAACAUUCCCACCCCUGCAUUUUUGUGUGUUUAAAUUCUUGAAAGUUACAUUAAAUAAAAAGAAACACCUCUUU